AUGCAGGCCAACGUUUCGAACUCCAUCACCCUCCACGCUCCGCCAUCCGUCUGGUUUCAGAUCAUUCUAGGAUUGUCGUCACAGAGCCGGCAGCAGGUGCUGCGGGAAGAUCAUCCUGGGAUUGUCGUCGCAGAGCCGACAGCAGGUGCUGUAGGAAAGCUGGGAGUCAACCGAAUGUUCUUCUGGUCCUCCCUCGCUCUCCACCUCCCCCAAGCCGUCCCUCCUCGCCCCGUGUUUCCACAUAUUAUUCUGGGAUCGUCAUCACAAAGCCGGCAGCAGGUGCUGCGGGAAAUAGGCGUGCCUUUUGAGAUCAUGAAGCCAGGGAUAGAUGAGGAGGCUAUUCGGAGUGCAGACCCCAACGAGCUCGUUUCUCUCCUUUCUCGCGCCAAGGCAGACGCCCUCCUAGCCAAACUUAAGGCCGAUGGGCGAACCUUUCCGGAAACUGCAGAUGUGCCAACUCUGUUAAUAACUGCCGACCAGGUGGUGGUGCAUGAGGGUCGGAUUCUGGAGAAGCCCCUGUCCGAAGCUGAGGCUCGGGAGUUCAUCCGAGGCUAUUCGUGCGCGCCUGCCCGCACUGUAGGGGCAGUUCUCGUAACGAAUCUGAACUCGGGCAAGCAGGCAGCAGCAGUGGAUGUUGCAGAGGUUUACUUUCGGGCCAUUCCUGACUCAGUGAUCGACCAGCUGGUGGCAGAGGGCGACAUUUUCUACUGCGCUGGAGGGCUCAUGGUAGAGCAUCCCCUGGUGGCGCCGCUGGUGGAGAAGAUGGUGGGGGGUAUCGAUGCAGUCAUGGGGCUGUCCAAAGAGACAACCGUGGCACUCAUUGCCCAAGUCACGUCAUGA